AUGGCAUCCAAUUGUGGUGCUCCCAAAUGCUCUUCCUCAGCUACUUCUAAAAGCCUCCCUAGGCUUCCAAUUCCCAGGGCCCUUUCUGCCUGUAUGAGCUGCCAUCGUCAAAUCAGCCAGUGCCAGGCUAAGAUCUGUCUACCUAAUGCGUGCCAUCCAGUUCCCUAUCGCUCUCCCAUCUACCUCCUGAACAACUUCAGGGUAUCCUUCUGUGGAGCCAGCUGUGGUGAGGGCAACUUUGAUAGCAAUGAGAAAGAGACCAUGCAGACAUUAAAUCAGCGCCUGGCUAACUACCUGGAAAAAGUGAGAAACCUGGAACAGGAGAAUGCCUGCCUAGAGUGCAAGAUCCGGGAGAAGCAUGAAAAGCAGACCCCCAUUGUGUGUCCUGAUUACCUCCCUUAUUUCAAGAUCAUAGAAGAGCUUCAGCAAAAGAUCUUGUGCACCAAAGCUGAAAAUUCCAGGCUGGUCUCCCAAAUAGACAACACUAAAGUGACCGCUGAUGACUUCAGAGCAAAGUAUGAAACUGAAGUGGCCCAGAGGCAGCUGGUGGAAACUGACAUCAACAGCCUCCAUCAAAUCCUGAAUAAACUGACUUUGUGCAAGGCUGACUUGGAAGGGCAAGUGGAGUCUCUGAAGGAGGAACUGCUUCACCUCAAACACAACCAUGAAGAGGAAGUGAAUUCAUUACAAUGCCAGCUUGGUGACAGACUCAACAUAGAAGUGAAUGCUGCCCCUUCUGUUGACCUGAAUGAGGCACUGCAAAAAAUGAGAUGCAGAUAUGAGUCUUUGGUUGAGACUAACCGCAGAGAUGUUGAAGAAUGGUUCAACAUCCAGUUGCAGGAACUGAACCAGCAGGUGGUAUCCAGCUCAGAAGAGCAGCAAUGCUUCCAGAAGGAGAUCUGUGAUCUGAGGCGUACCGUCAGUGUUCUGGAGAUCGAACUGCAGGCCCAGCAUAGCCUGAGAGAUUCUCAGGAAUGCAUCCUGACAGAAACAGAGGGCCGCUACACGAUCCAGCUAGCCCAGAUCCAAUGUCUGAUUGAGAGCGUGGAAUCCCAGCUGGCUGAGAUCCGAUGUACACUGGACAGGCAGAAUCAAGAGUAUCAGGUCCUGCUGGACAUGAAGUCCAAGUUGGAGUGUGAGAUCACCACAUACCAACAUCUUCUGGAGAACACCGACUGCAGGCUUCCCUGCAAUCCAUGUGCCACAGAAUGUAAGCCUUCACCUUGUAAUCCCUGCACAUCUAGGACCAUGGAAUGUAUGGCCCCAGCUUAUAUAGAAUCCAGGCCAUGCAACUCUUCAGUAUGCAAUGUAAGAGCUAAGCCCUGCAAUUUCUACUCAUCCCUGCCUGCGAUCCUUGCCAGAAUCUAUACCUUAACCCAGGAGUUCCAGGACGGGAAGGUCAUUUCUUCUCGAGAACACGUACAACCUUGUUUCAUCCCUCGCCUCCAAGUCCACUUUGUCAACGGAGACAAAGACGGCAUCAGUUGA